UCUGCUCUCCCUCCAACAGAAAAAGAUGGAUAAAGGAGAGUACAAUGAUCCUCAGAGUUUUGCGACUGACGUCAGGUUAAUGUUCUCCAACUGUUACAAGUACAAUCCUCCAGACCAUGAGGUGGUGGCCAUGGCCCGCAAGCUGCAGGAUGUGUUUGAGAUGCGUUUCGCAAAGAUCCCAGACGAGGGCCUUGAGGCGUCGGUCCCGUCUACGACGCCGUUGGUCAGUAAAAGCACCGCCUCCUCUGACAGCAGCAACAACUCCUCCUCCGACGAAUCGUCCGACUCCGAGGAGGAGCGAGCCACGCGAUUGGCAGAGCUACAGGAGCAGGUUCUCUAUAUAAAAAUGUCUUUGUACCGCUGUCCUGUUCCGAACCCCUGCCCACCCCCUGAACCUCCUUCACCCCCCGCCUAA